AUGGCAGCAAAUCAGCUAUCUAAAAUACUAAUUUCAAUUGAUAAUUCAGGACAAGUCGCCUCAGCUUUGCAGAGUAUCAAUAAAAAAUUCGCAAUGAAAUUUGAAGAGGCAAAAGAAGUCCCAAAAGAAUUAUUGAAACCUCCCAUUGAGGCUAUCAUAAAUGAAAUCGGGCCUGAAGAAAUUGAGGCAAAGCUGAAAAAAGCACAAAUUAGAGAAGCAAAAAGACAGAAAAAAGAGCUGGAAGAGAAGCUAAAUAAAGUUACAGGGAAAAUUGAAGUUUUGUAUAACCCAGAAUCACCGUCGUUUAAGCCAAACUCUUUAAGGCCAAAUCUUCAAAAUUCACAAGUUCGGCAAGAGUUCUUUGACAAUGAGAAGAAAAAAGCAAAAGAAACCACAAAAAAGCUACAAAAAUACUACUUGCAGCAGCAAAGGCUUAAGCAGCAAAUAGAAAGCAAUAUUGAAAAAAUUGAAAAGCUAGCUAAUAAAGAUAAAGAGGUUGAAAAUAAAGAAAAAGAAUUAGCACAAAAGCAAAAAGAAGAGCAGUAUACCUCCAGAGCAGGUAUGGCUCGACCUGAAACUCCCCCUUCCCUCCCCCCCCCACCCCCUCACGGUUUAAAUUUGAACGACAUUGUUAAUUCAAAAUGACAAAUCCCUCACUAAGGAUUUGACAAGUCAAAUUUAAUUUGUAGAUUUCAAUAAAGUUGAAACUGCCAGGGGUGGGGAAGAGGGGAGGGGGGUUCUAAGGUCGAUCUAUAACCGUGCUCACGGUAUAUAUGAGAGAGCUCGAAAAAAUGCAAGAAAAAAAACUGCAGCGGCAAAAGGAAUUCGAGGAAGCAAAAAAAAGAAAAAUUGAGUUUGAAGAGCUACAAAAGAAAAAGCCGCUAUUUGUAAAACUUGAAGAAAAGUACAAAGCAGAAAUAGAAAUGCCGGAAUUAGAAAAAAGAAAAGAAGAAUUAGCGAAAAAAAGAAUGCUUUAUCAGCCUAUCAAUUUAGAACAGUUACAAGAUCAUGCAAGAAAAUAUGAAACAAUUAGGAAAGAACAAAUUAAGAAAAUUGAAGAAGACUUGAAAAAGAGCAUUGAAAAUACUAAAGGGAAUAUGAAUUGAAACUCUACAAUGUGAAAUGCAAGAGCUUUAGAAGAAGAAAAACAGCUGAGAAAAGCUUCUUCACAGUCAAAUUUAGAAAAGAUUAAAAAAAUAGAAAAAAGAAAUAAAUAUGCAGAGCUUGUCAAAGAGGUUUUCAGCCCCACAAUUGAUAAAUUUAAGCAGCAAGAGCUGGAGGAUAGGAUUUCUAACUCUCCUUAUCCUUGAUAAAACGAUUCUCGUAUAGUCAGCAUGAAGCCUACUCCUAGCCAGCCUCAAAACUAUCUAUAAUUAAUAUUAGAGAUAUAGCAAUAUAAUCGCUCUGAACAAUUUUAAUGCAGUUUUAGCAUAUUUACUAACACACUGCAUCCUCUAUCUCUUAUUUCUAGUUCAUAAACUGUUUUAUAUACAAAAUUAUUUUAAUAAUAGUUAAAAAAGAAUUAUCUAAUUUUCCCAGGAUAUUUUUUAAACCCCGCUAAAAACAAAAAUUGAUUUGAGUAAGCUAAAGCACCCAGUAGAAAAAUGGAAUGAGAAAAAUAAUCGUAUUUCACUAAACCAAAGCUUAUCAGAUACAGAAAAGAAAAUUAAGAAAAAAAAAAUUAAGGUAAAGAAAAUUGAGACACCUGCAAUAACAGAAGUAAAAACUACUAGAGAACCUAAAUUUAUUGACUAUUUGGGAGAAAGAAGAAAGGCAAGAGAAGAACAGGAAAAAAAUGGCUCCAAAGUGAGCAAUGAAAUAGACGUGAACUGGGAAGACGAGUUGAUGAGUGCAGAUAAUUCCAAAGAAAAGUUUAAAAAAAUAAAGAAAAAGGCAGAAUUAUUAGAAAAAGAAGCCAGGAAAAAAGAACUGCUGCUAAUUCCAAAAAAUGUUGGAGAUUACAAAACGAUUGAAACAGCAGAAAAUGUAGAUAAAUUGAUUAUUGGGUCUAUAAAAGCAAAGCUGGCUGUUUUAGAGCAUGUUGAAACUUAA